AUGCUGCCGGGCGUCCUACGCGAUGGGGUGCAACUUCACGUCUUGUACUGGGAGGGCGACUGCAAAGAAACGUAUUUCUUCGAGCCCGAGGACCUACUCAAAGAAACCAAGCACAAAGACGGACCUGGUCGCUGCUUCUGUUGUGGCCAUGUCGCAGAAACUUGGAGGCAGAGGCUGGACAACAUGCAGAGUACCUUACGAAUGUGCUUGGAUCCACACUCCUCGAUGUUUCGGCAGGAUGUGGCAAGCUUCCAUUGCCUGUCGCCCAAGAUGCGUAUGUCUUACAGCCUCAGGCAGUUCUACACAUACCUCCGGGCCAUUGGUGCCGCGGCCACGGUCACGGAGAACGAUGUCCUGGGCACUGCGAUGGCGGUUGAAAGGGCGGAGUUAAACGCGUCUGCCUGCGGGAUAGAGGUCCAGAACUGGAACGGGGUGCAAGCCAGCGACCCAAGGCCGCACGAGCAGUGGCUGCAGAACAAGGUUCAGGACAUGAAUGAAGCUGCGAAGAGCAGGGGUGGCAGCAGCAUAGGACUCCUUUUGGACAAGGAUGGCUGCGAGGUGUCUUCCUUCGGCACCAGCCUGCCCAUGUUUGCUGUGCCGCCUGAGCCAAUCCGGGAGGUGCUCAUCCUUUUGGGUGGGCCCCGGGGCAUCGAAUCGGAAGAGCUAGUGCGGCUCAUGGCUAUCUUCUCUGGUGCGGGGACGUGGACGGGGCCCGGCUUCACGCAGGGGUUGAUGAAAAUCCGCCUUCCGGGCGGGCUGCACCAUUCUUGCGUGGCUCUCAAUGACCUCCUGAGCUUUCACGACAAAGGCUAUUUGAUUCCUGUUGUGGAAGACUACAAGGGUCUUGGCGAAGCCCGUCAUCGGGUAAAAAGUGCUGCCAUGAACUCGGCCAUCACAGCCUGGGCGACUUCCAGCCUUCCCGCGAAGAGCAAGUGUGAGGCUUUGCAGCGCUUCGCGUGGAAAGUGCAGCACUCAUGCCUGGAUCGUGCUGACAGCUCUUCGAAUCAGCGUUGGGCGGUUGUGGCAGGGGAUGAGGAGCCAGCCACUCCGAACGAAGUCUCGAGUUACCUCGAUAAACUGCAGGCUACUGGCCAGUUCCCUAGGGACACGCCGUGGCGGUCCCAAUGGCGUCUUACGAUGUGCUUGGAAGCUAUCGAGCCAGCUCGGGCUUUGAAGGUUCUUCGAGAGUGCCACCGGCGAAGCCUUAAAGCUGCGCGAUGUGGCGCGGAGUUCCAUCCCUGGGAGGAGCUGGCUUUUGAUCUGGACGAGGCUCUCAGGAGUGCCCCCAGCAAGAAAGACCGUUGCCCCAGGGACGUCCGAUCGGCACUGCUCAAGGCAAGAGCGGAGAUCGAGGUUGCGGAGGAGGAGGAGGACCUUUUCCCUGACGCGGACAUGAUGCUGCUGCUAGGCGAACUGCCUUGUGAGCAAGCCGCGCAGCUCUUACAAAACUGUUGCAGCAAUCCGCAAGAGUCAAUGCUCUACCUGAGCCAUUCCAUUGCCAAUGCAAUCAUGCGCCAUCAGGGCGGCUUGGAAGCUGAUUUGCAGCUGCGAUUAGCCAUCAAGGCUUUCUUGAACAGUGCCGAGUACGAAGGGAGGGACGAAGAGGCUUACGAGAAACUGAAGCAGACUUGCCACAAGCCCCGGCGGCAGCGCUGGUUUCAGCCACCAGAGCAGCUGGCAUUGGGAGACGUGCCACGCACCGUCCCUGAACCGCUGCCGGUGGGCGAGCUACCAGGCGGGUCAGACGCAGAAACGAAGCCACCCAAAGUUAUCAGGCCACCUUUCCGAGCCAAGGCACCAGCUGCAGCCAAAGCGGGAGCAAAGGCAGCAGCCAAGGCCACUUCCAAGGCAACGGCCAAGGCGGCGGCCAAGUCAUUUGCUACAGCACAGGCCAAGACACUGGCCAAGGCACAAGCCAAGACGCAGGCCAAAGCGCAGGCGAAGACGCAAGCGAAAACGCCCUUGAAGCUGGCAAAGGCCCAGCCGAAAGCCUCUGCCAAAGCGGAGACGAAGAGGAAGCUGCCACUUCCCAAGAAGCUACAGCAGCCACCUCCCCCGAAGCGAUCCAUCUGGCUCCCUAGGCUGCAGAAGGAGGGGAGAGAAGGGAGAGAAGUAAAGAUCGUCGUCGUCGUGCCGGCAAAUGCACUUGCAAUUUGCCAUCUGUUCAGUCUGUCGUCUCUUAUGGCCAUGGAGCUUUUUUGUUCGAAGAUCAGCUCUGAUGCAGAGGGCGCAUGGCUUGACAAAAAGUUGCAUUUGCGUCGCUGCUUGAUUCAGACCGAGAGGAACGAAGACAUUGGAGGACCAGAGGACCAGAUCAUUGCGCUGAGCUCUUUGCCCGAGCCGGUAGCCACGCGGUAUUAUCGAAUGAAGAGGAAGAUGGAGAAAAUUCGGGACGCAGCGCUGGACAGGCUAGAGGACUUGAGGCGCCAGAAGCUGAUCGAAGCAGGGAUUGGCCUAGAGCAGAUCGAGAACACCCGCCGCAGUGGACGAAGAUCGUCACAGUUGGCGUUGGCUGAUGGCGACGAUGUACCGCACCAAGAUGACGAGGACGACAGGAUUCCGACGUCCUCGGAAAUGGCCACCAUCAUCGUGAAUCGGGUGCAGCUUCAGCGAAUGUUGGACGAAGAUCCGAGGCUUGCAGAAAUCUGCUCGUCGGACAAAGCAGUUGAUGUCGUUCGACGGUUUCGGGUGGACCAAACAGGAGACGAUCCCUUCGAAGUGGUCGCCCGGCUCCAGGCCCUUGGUUUUUUUGAGCUGCGGGGCGAGCGCUUCUUUGGAGACGCCUGCCCGCACCAGGCUUCAGUGGCCGAGAAGCUCAACGCCAUAGAAAGUAUCGCCACUGACCUUGCCUUCGACGAAGUUGAGACUCUGCGGGUCAUGUCACAGGAGCUGCACAGCGCCCUUACCGAGUCGCAGAAGGAAUGGCGUGCAGAGCUGCUAUCAGUCCUGCAGCUGGCAUCACUGCUGUCGAACGCCUUGAUAGAUCUGACCAAGAAGAUCGAGCAGGUCCAACUAAACCACACCGAGCUGGCGAUUCGGGCGGCCCCUUUGACCAUUGGAAAGAAAUGA